UCGGUUACUCUGUUCGUUUAUUUGUAAAUUAUUACCCAAAUAAAUCUACGUUGUGAAAUUUAAUCUUUAAUAAUGAAACAAACCUACUAGUUCAUUAAAUAUUCAAAUAUUGUUUUUGUCAAUGUCGUUGAUUAUUAUUAAAUUAAUAGAUAUUGUAAAAACAACAUCAAAAUGAGUUCUGUAGAAACAACAUCAGCCCCCAAGGAGAUGACGUUUGCGGAAAAACAAGCUGAACGUAUGAAAAGAUUGCGAUCAUUACACACUGCACGAAAUGAAGCUAGAUCACAUAACCAUCAAGAAGUUGUAGCUGAAGAGGCAAGAAACAAAUUGCCGCCAAAUUAUGAAGCCAAACGACGCCAAGCUGAAUGGUUACUUGACGACCAACAAAAGAGAGAUGAAGCGGAGAAGCAAGGUAAGAAUUACGAUAGAGUGAAGCUCCUCAACAUAUCUGCAACGGAAGCUGAGAGACUAGAACGCAAGAAGAAGAAAAGAAACCCUGAUCAAGGAUUCUCAACAUACGAACAAGCGACAGUGCGACAGUAUAAUAGAUUAGUGAAGAAUAUGCCAGCAGCAGACAUGGAACAGUAUGAAAAACAAAAAGAGAAAUAUGGUGAUGCAUUCUAUGGUGGUCCUAAUGUUAUUAUACAUGGAAUGCAUGAAGACCGAAGGGAAGCUGUCGACAGGAUGGUGGAUGAUUUAGAGGGUCAAAUAGCAAAGAGAGCUAAGUACUCACGGAGACGCAUCCACAAUGAUGAUGCUGACAUUGAUUAUAUUAAUGAAAGAAAUGCCAAGUUCAAUAAAAAAUUGGAAAGGUUUUACGGUGAGCACACAGCUGAAAUUAAACAGAAUUUGGAACGAGGUACUGCAAUUUAAUGUGUCGCAGUUAUAUAAUAUACCUCCACAAUAUCCCAUUUAGGGUAGUCAGUUUGCAUUUUGAUAUUCAUUAUAUAUGGUCUUUAAAAACUACACCUUGGAAAAUAUUAAUAU